UUCUUCUUUGUAUUUCCGCCUCCCCCGAGAAAACGAAAACCCUAGCUUCAGAGGCAUCUCCACUCACCGAAAAUGGCGGAAGGACUCGUUUUGAAAGGCACCAUGCGUGCACAUACUGACAUGGUGACGGCAAUCGCCACCCCAAUCGAUAACGCAGACAUCAUCGUCUCAGCUUCCCGCGACAAAUCCAUCAUUUUGUGGAAACUCACCAAGGACGACAAAGCCUACGGUGUAGCUCAGAGGCGUCUCACUGGUCACUCUCACUUCGUUGAGGAUGUUGUUCUCUCCUCCGAUGGACAAUUCGCGCUUUCCGGUAGCUGGGACGGCGAGCUCCGUCUUUGGGAUCUCGCUGCUGGUGUCUCCACUCGUAGAUUCGUUGGACACACCAAGGACGUGCUCUCUGUCGCAUUCUCACUCGACAACCGUCAGAUCGUCUCUGCGUCUCGUGACCGUACGAUCAAGCUGUGGAACACUCUUGGUGAGUGCAAGUACACGAUCUCAGAAGGUGGUGAGGGACACCGUGAUUGGGUUAGCUGCGUCAGAUUCAGCCCUAACACUCUCCAGCCGACGAUUGUGUCUGCUUCGUGGGACAAAACCGUGAAAGUUUGGAACCUUUCGAACUGCAAGCUCAGAUCGACUCUUGCUGGUCACACCGGAUACGUGAGCACGGUGGCUGUAUCACCUGAUGGUUCUCUUUGUGCAAGUGGAGGCAAAGACGGUGUUGUUUUGCUUUGGGAUUUGGCUGAGGGAAAGAAGCUUUACUCUCUUGAAGCUAACUCUGUGAUCCAUGCUCUUUGCUUCAGUCCCAAUAGGUACUGGCUCUGUGCUGCAACUGAACAGGGUAUUAAGAUUUGGGACCUGGAGAGCAAGAGCAUCGUUGAGGAUUUGAAGGUUGACCUCAAGGCUGAGGCUGAGAAGUCUGACAACAGUGGUCCUGCUGCCACCAAGAGGAAGGUUAUUUACUGCACAAGUUUGAACUGGAGCGCUGAUGGAAGCACCUUGUUCAGUGGUUAUACCGAUGGAGUCAUCAGAGUUUGGGGUAUUGGUCGUUACUAAUUCAUGAAACCUUACAUCCUUCCCAUUCACAUCCAGAAAUACGCCGGGAAACGAGUGGGAAUCGAUGCAUAUUCAUGGCUACACAAAGGAGCAUACUCAUGUAGUAUGGAGCUGUGUUUAGACACUGAUGGGAAGAAGAAGCUGAGGUACAUUGAUUACUUCAUGCAUAGAGUCAACCUUCUUCAACACUAUGAGAUCAUCCCUGUCGUUGUUCUCGAUGGUGGUAAUAUGCCCUGCAAGGCUGCCACUGGAGAUGAACGUCAUAGGCAACGAAAGGCUAACUUUGACGCUGCAAUGGUGAAGCUUAAGGAAGGGAAUGUCGGAGCAGCAACUGAGCUUUUUCAGAGAGCAGUUAGUGUAACAUCAUCCAUGGCUCAUCAAUUGAUUCAGGUUCUGAAAUCAGAAAACGUCGAAUUUAUUGUAGCUCCCUAUGAGGCUGAUGCUCAGCUAGCAUACCUAUCCAGCCUCGAUCUGGAACAUGGCGGGAUUGCUGCAGUUAUUACCGAGGACAGCGAUUUACUUGCAUAUGGCUGCAAAGCUGUUAUUUUUAAGAUGGACCGCUAUGGUAAAGGAGAGGAACUAAUUCUAGAUAAUGUUUUCCAAGCCGUUGAUCAAAAGCCUUCCUUCCAGAACUUUGAUCAAGAGCUAUUCACUGCAAUGUGCGUAUUAGCGGGCUGUGAUUUUCUCCCAUCGGUUCCUGGUGUUGGCAUUUCAAGAGCUCAUGCAUUCAUCUCCAAGUACCAGAGUGUAGAACGCGUUUUGUCAUUUCUCAAGACAAAAAAGGGCAAACUAGUUCCUGAUGAUUAUUCCAGCUCUUUCACGGAAGCAGUUUCAGUUUUUCAGCAUGCUCGUGUAUAUGACUUUGAUGCUAAGAAGCUCAAGCACUUGAAACCCCUCUCCCAGAACCUCCUGAAUUUACCAGUUGGACAACUUGAGUUCCUGGGACCAGAUCUAUCGCCAUCUGUUGCUGCUGCAGUUGCUGAAGGUAAUAUUGAUCCCAUAACCAUGGAGGCUUUUAACCGCUUCUCGGUUCCUAGGAGACAGUUGCAAAAGCCUGUUCGAUCAUUCAAGGAACAGGAAAAGGAAAGCUCCUUUUUGGUGUGUUCUUCGUCUAAAAGUGAGGAAAGAAUAGAGCUCAAAAGGACUGCAGAUGAAGCUACGAUUGAUCCAGAAGCUACUCUGAAGAAGGCGAUGUACUCUAAACAAGAUUCAGAUCUGCACAAACUGCUUUCGCAGCCUAGUAGGGAUCAGGUGGUUAUCCAGCCCAGCAAUCCCUCACUUAUUCCAGACAACAACCCGUUCAAGAUAAGAAAAACCAAUGAAAUCAAUCUAGAAUUUGCAGAGUACGGUUUGCAAGAACUCGCUGUUUCAUUUGUGACCAUAAGCAAAGCAAUGGACGUGGCUUCUUCUUCACCAAACUCUCACGGACACGAGGAUCGAAAAGAGGGUGUUACAAUCGAUUUGCCCAAGCUUGAAGAUUCUGGAAUCAAACAAGACUAUGCGAAGAACAGAGUGAAGGAAACAUUUGAAACAACAGAAGUAGAUAUAGCUGAAGUUCAAGAUCAUGUGAACAUGACGACAAAGAGAGUGCGUGGAACAAAACCUAGAACCGAGAGUUUCAAAGUGAAAACAAGCUGUAAAAGUUCAGAGAACAAGAAGACUACAAUCAAGAAAAAACACAGUAUAUUAGAUUUCUUUCAUCGAUUGUAAUCUCUUUAAUUUUGGUAUGUAAUCUUUUCUUUAUAACUCUUAAUAUAUGAUUAUUUGGAGA